UAUACGUUCGCGUGCUAUGAAAGAUGCCAGACAUGAUCUUGGUGCAGAUGCCGGAGCAGGUCGUGGAACAGGUGUCAGAUAUAGCCGGGAUGAAGCUACAAUUAGGGAAACUCUUCCGUACAAUGUGGCUGCAAAUGUUGUCGGAACCGCAUACGGGAUUUCGAGAGAUACAACCAAAACUUCCUCGACGUAUUAUACUGGAGGAACUAGUACGUACCAUACUGGCGGACGAGCCAGUGGCUCUAUUCGUGGUGAGCAGACACAUAGUUCUACUAAAAAUGACCCAUGGAACACCGGAGGACAACUAGAUAAUAACUCUUCACAACAACUACAUGUUGAUACUUCUUCUGACUGGAGGUUUGCCGCACGAGGACAAGAACAUGGAGGGGGCGCACAACCACAGCAGCCUGGAGGACAGCAGCGAUUCAACGCUUAUGAUUAUGGCCCUCAUUUGGCAAUCAUUUGUUCCUCGUAUGGUGUCUUCAACCCGCAUGUAAAUCCUCCUUACAAGAAUUCUAGUUGUCUCGAAGAAAUAGCAUAAUAAGAAACUCUCUAAAGAGAAGAUAAUAACGCUUCCGCCACUGCUGGUAGUGCUGCAGCAGGAGGGUGGAACUUAGGCGCACCAGGAAACAACAGCAACAACCAUGAUGGAGAUAGCUCAUGGAAAAAUUAUCACAUUGCUCCAGCGUCGCACGAGAACUCGUGGACUCCUGGUGCUGAACGAGGAAACUAUAACACCAUGUCGAACCUUCAGUAUAAUGUUCACAAGUACCGGAACGACAAUCAGUGAGGAUGUCCGUAGAGAAGAGCAAACCUUCGACGAAGUGAAUUUAGACCUAUUGACUGUGUUGAGUUUUAACAAAACAGUUUCAAGAUCUCGAAGAUGAGGAGUUGUGCGAAAUGCAACAAUUUUGAAUAGUAUUAGAAGUCAGGUACAACAACUCGUGAAUCAUCGUUGUAUACCUGAUUUAGAGGUGGAGGCUGCACUAGCCGUGUAGUACUACAUCGUAAACUUAUAAUUGGAAGGUGGAGGUUGCACUAGCCGUGUAGUGCUACUAAAUUGGACUUUAGCUUUGUGCGGAGAAUCAGUGUCUAAUCAUAGCGGUAAUUACAAAAAAAUUGAAACUUCUCUUGACUGUAACCAAGCAUUCGAAAAAAAGAAACUGCUUUACAUUGGAGAAGCUCCUGUAUGUAAAAAGAGCUCUUCGAAGACGAAGCUUUAUAGUUUAAAUUUGUUGAUCGACUGUGGCACAAGAUAAGAUCGAACUAUGGACGAUUGGUCCGUUUUGUAUUGCCUACUUCUAGUACUUCUGUUUCUAUUUCUUUUCUUCUAGUACUUUUUAUGAAUGAAUGAGUUUCUGUGUCCAUCUCUGUGGUACUUCUGACUGUACCUCCGAUGUACGUACACAUCUCUGCACUCAGCUAACUUCCUGUACACCAUAGAACGAAGAAUUCACCAAAAUCAUAGCUCGAUGCAGAGAACCCAAAUAAGAGACCACUGACACGACCCAAGCCCAACGACCCAUGAACAUGAAAAUUUGCCUUGAUGAUUGUGAAUGCAGGUCUGAUAUCAGCCCUGUCAAUUUUCUAAGCACUAGCUUUGAUCUGCUAAGUUCUUUCCGAAGAUAGCCACCUGCUGAUGCCACCGGUUCAUCUGUAUUUUCGCAUAUAUCUCUGUACGA